UUUCGAUUUCCAUUCUCCCAAACACACAAAAAUCGUUUCAUUUUCCCUCACAUUUCUAUUAUUCCCAGAAAUGAUUCCGACCACCGGCGUUCCCAAGAAGAGGCAGCGCACCGCCGCUACCCGCCAUUCCUUCACCGCCGCCACCACCACCAACAACAAAACAUUCACCCGAAACUCUCCAAGCACCACCACCGGCGACGCCCUCUACUUUAACGACGCAUCCACCGCCGACAUCAUCCUCCGCCUUUUCAUCGACACUGCCGAUUCCCCGCUGGAAUCCUCCCCCUCCGUCGAGGACUCCGACCUCCACGUAUACCUCCACUCCACCAUUCUCCGCCGCGCCAAAUACUUCUCCGCCCUAUUGUCCGACCGCUGGAUCGGCCUCGUCCAUCCUCAUACGUCUUCGCCGGAAAACUCCUCCUCCUCCGGUUCCGAUCGCGGCGAACUAUUCCGCCUCAACCUCGGAGUUUCUCCCACUCCAGGCUCGAUCCAGAACCACCUCACCGUGCUGGAGCUUCUCUACACGAGCGAUUUCGCCAACACCGUCAAUAACGCCUCCACCGCGCUGGAUCUGCUCCCGGUGGCGCUGGAAUUGCUGUUCGAGGAGUGCGUUCGCUGGUGUGUAGCGUUUCUGGAAGCGGUGCCGUGGACGGAGGAGGAAGAGAACAGGGUGGUGAGCUUGAUCCCUUUCCUGAACGAGGAAGAAUCGAAGGAGCUCGUGGCUAGGGUUUCUCCUGUCGGUGAAGAUGCAUGCGAAGCGAUGCUCGAAGGUCUGAUCUCUUCGGCGAUGAACAAUUACCAGAACACGGCGUUCGUGAAGGCGUUUGUGGGGAAGAUACUGAGGGAUUUGUCGUCGAGGGAAACGGCGAAGAGGGUGUUGGAGAGCGCGUUCAGGAGGAGCUUGAAGACGGUGAAGGAGUCGCUGGAGGAUUAUUCGAGCCCUGUGUUCAGAGGGGACCAUAAUGAGACGGAAGCGAUUCAGAGGUUGAAUCUGCAUAAGGCUUCGACGAAUGGGAAGCAUCUUCUGUGGUUGGUGGAGAGGAUGAUUGAGCUGAGGGUGGCGGAUGUGGCGGUGCGUGAGUGGAGUGAGCAAGCUCCGUUCACCGCUGAUUUGCAGAGGGCUUUCCGUGAUGAUGCCUGGAGGAACAUUGUGCCUGGUCUUCCUGCUGUUAUUCUUCGCUGCACCUCUAAGCUUGCUAAUGCUGUUUGUGCUGGUACAAUUUUGGCUUCUACUCAGGUGAGAAGGAAGCUUGUAGAAGAAUGGCUUCCGGUUUUGGUUGUAUGCAAAGACAAUGUUUCACCAGUAUCACCCAGCAACAAGUCAUUAUAUCUAGAGCUGGAAGAAACAUUUUUACGAAUCAUCUCCACCUUGCCCAUGUCAGAUGCUCAAGAAUUAUUGCAGCGGUGCCUCAGCUUUUCAACCCGAAAUGUCGAAGAUUGUCCUCACUUGGUGUCAGCAUUCAACACCUGGUUCCGGCGGGCAGCUCAACCCCUGAAACCAGAUUGUCUCUUUGAUCAGUGAGAUAUCUGUUCAGUUCUGUUGCACCAUUGUUGGUUGGCUUCACAAAUAUUGUGCAUAUGUUUAUAUACUAACUCUGUUCAGAAAGCUGUAGUUUAACAUUGUACAGAUGCCUGUCUUUCUAGGACAAACAACAACCCAGAUACUUAGAUCUUGUUUUGAGGUCUCUGGUUGUUGGCAAUGGCUAGUUGGUUCCCUGAAAUGCAAGAUUUUAGUUGCUUGUAUUUCUUAGUUGAAACUUUAAACGAUGGUUUGGGAAUCAGAGGUCAAAAUGAAUAUACCAGCUUUGAUUCGACCCUUUUUCAAAUAAAAUAGUUCAUUCUAAAAA